AUGGGGUGGACCCGUCUUUCUCGGGUGUCGUGGGACUCGGACGGUCAGGAGCAGCAUGAAUUGCACAUGUUGACCUGUGUCACUAAAGACAGAGUGAGGUUGACCGAGGUGAAGGGUUUACGGACACAGACAGAAAGAAAUGACGUCAAGAUGCAGUCCAUAAUGACGUUAGUGAUGCUUUAUGAGGGCGUGGUUGAUGGAGGACUACGCAAAAGGUGGCAAGAGACCCGGGUCGCGGUUGUUUUAGGAUCGGCUCAGAAACUGUUGCCGAACGGACGAACGCAAUAG